AUGGAGAACGAGAAUAAUCCUACAACGAGGAGUCUCAGUGAUUUCAGUAUUGAGCAUAUUUUGAACAGAGCCGGAUGUGAGACUCAAAAAGAAGCGAAAAAUGAGGAAAAUUCAGAGGAUCCAAAAGGUUCCAAUCCGUUUUCUUGGCUGCAUUGUACGAGAUUUUGCCCACCAAGAGUGCCUAGAAUAAAUAAGAGAGACACCCCACAAAAACGCCAGCUCGGCCGAUAUCCACGAAUCCCCUUCACGAACCAGCAAAUAGCGAUUCUGGAGGAAAAAUUCCAAGAGAGCCCAUACCUCAGCAGCGAAGAGGCUACAAACCUCUCGAAGAUGCUCCAUUUGGCGGACGUCAAAGUGAAGAUUUGGUUCCAGAACCGAAGGGCGAGGAAGAGGAGGGAAGAAAUGGGCCUGCUUCGGAAAGAUAGCCGGAAGUACCCAAGUCCUGUCGAAGGUUCUUGCGGAAGUAGGCAAGCCCAAAAGGAGCUCACAAGAGGCUCUGAUGGGGCUUCCAGUACCAUCACCAGCUUCGUUACAAGCGAACCUCAAGUGUCAAUGCCGUUUCUUUAUAUUUCAGCUUCGAAGAUCCAGGGCAAGGAUUUGAUGACCCUGGUGGAGAUUGAUCCAUCACAAACGGUGCAGAAAACUGAAAACAUGGCUAAAAAGCACCACGGCAGAAGAUUGCCUUAA